CCCGUGGGCGGGCAGAACUCGGCGCUCGCACCGCCUUGGGCCGCGGCCCGGCGCCCGCUCCGCCUUCCGCUUCCGACGCGCGGUCGGUGGAGCCGGUGUAUGUGCGGCAAUAACAUGUCGGCCCCGCUGCCCGCCAUCGUGCCCGCCGUCCGGAAGGCCACCGCCGUGGUGAUUUUCCUUCAUGGAUUGGGAGACACAGGGCAUGGGUGGGCAGAAGCCUUUGCAGGUAUCAGAAGCGCCCACAUCAAAUACAUCUGCCCGCACGCACCGGUUAUGCCUGUAACAUUAAAUAUGAACAUGGCCAUGCCUUCUUGGUUUGACAUUAUUGGGCUUUCACCAGAUUCACAGGAAGAUGAAACUGGAAUUAAACAGGCAGCAGAAAGUGUAAAAGCUUUGAUAGACCAAGAGGUGAAGAAUGGCAUUCCUUCUAACAGAAUUAUUUUGGGAGGAUUUUCUCAGGGAGGAGCUUUAUCUCUGUACACGGCACUGACCACACAGCAGAAGCUGGCCGGCGUCACCGCUCUCAGCUGCUGGCUGCCCCUGCGGGCUUCCUUUCCACAGGGUCCUAUCAGUGGCGUGAAUAGGGACAUUUCUAUUCUUCAGUGCCAUGGAGAUUUGGAUCCUUUAGUUCCCCUAAUGUUUGGUUCUCUUACUGCUGAAAGGCUAAAGACAUUGGUAAAUCCAACCAAUGUAACCUUCAAAACCUAUGGAGGCAUGAUGCACAGUUCAUGUCAACAGGAAAUGAUGGAUAUCAAGCAGUUCAUUGAUAAACUCCUACCUCCCAUUGAUUGACGUCACUAAGAGGCCUUGUGGAGAAGUGCACACCAGCAUCAUCGUCGUAGAGUAUAAAGUUUUUUCUGUGCCCGAUCUUGAAACCUCUGAUGUUUGCAGUGUUAAAGUGUUUUGCAAAUACACACCAAUGACACAGACUAAAUAAAUCUCCUCAUGGGAAAUUUAUGAUCUUUUAAGUUUCUAUGUAUGUAUUUGUAUAACAUGAUCCAGAAUAUAUUCGUAUUAAAAUAGGUGAAGCAGCUAGCUUCUUUCUCUCAUAUGUAAUUCAGCAAAAUAAUAAAAUACUGCAACCAGAUUUUUUAUUACAUCACUUGAAAAUUAUUAGGAUGCUUAAUGAAAACUUGUUCAGGUAUAAAUGAGCAGUUAAGACAUAAAAAGUCUAUGCAUGCUGUGACUUAGACUCUGGACUUAUUCCCAAAUUACUUAGUCACCAUGCAGUAUCUGUAUUUUUAUAUAUGUGUUCAUAUGUACUUAAUGAUUAUAAUACAUAAUAAGAAUGAGGUGUUAUUACAUUAUUCCUAAUAAUAGGGAUAAUGCUUCUAAGUGUCAAUAAAGAGAAAUAUUGCUGUCUUCAA